AUGUCUCCCAACCUAAGAAGGACGCCCUUCCUCCAUGUCUCCCUCCCUCAGAAGGACUCCCUCCCUCCAAGUCUCCCACCCUCAGAAGGACUCCCUCCCUCCAUGUCUCCCACCCUAAGAAGGACGCCCUUCCUCCAAGUCUCCCAUACUAGGAAGGACGUCCUUCCUCCAAGUCUCCCACCCUCAGAAGUACUCCCUUCCUCCAAGUCUCCCACCCUAGAAAGGACUCCCUUCCUCCAAGUCUCCCAUCCUAAGAAGGACUCCCUCCCUCCAUGUCUCCCACCCUAUGAAGGACUCCCUCCCUCCAUGUCUCCCACCCUAGGAAGGACUCCCUUCCUCCAAGUCUCCCACCCUCAGAAGGACUCCCUUCCUCCAAGUCUCCCAUCCUAA